ACUCAUGAGUCUUCCGCUAGUUUCAGCGCACAAUGUUCUCUUCAGCUGUCCUGCUCUGCAUCAGGUACCCGUUUGUUGCGCUAGUGCGCAGUCACAUAUUCCAAUUCAGGAUAGCUGCCGCUGCUAAAUGCAAGCUCGGAGCCGGAUGCAUUCCCAAGAUGUAUUUUGAGAUGCAGGUACAGACUUCGCAUCGCGGUGUCUACAAAGGGUGGGGGCAGAGCGAGGUUGACCGGCCAGUAGUGAAAGUCAAUCGCGCGAGAAUGUGCAAAGGCGAGUAUUCAAAACUGCUCCCGGCAGCCGAGAAUAGGUCGACAUUCACUAUCAUCGCACGGACAUGGCUUCGUAUGCCCAAUCAAUCCUCGGACAGCGACUUUACGCUUCGAAGCUUCCAUGACGCCCAUUUGGCACGGCCACGGCUCCACACUCCAAUCGCGAUACCUAACCGCAUCCCACACCGAACAGGGCGUGUGAAACAUCCCCAAUACAUCUUGCAUAUGCGCUCACAUGUCUUCUUGGAAUACUCAUUAUCGGGUUCAGCCACGUUCGUAUGACAGAAGCAGAAGGAAGGCCACGAGUUCUUCAUGCAAGCGACAACCCGGCAACUUGGAAUGGAAUUUCGAUAAGAGCACAGCAGCGAUUGACCCCU